CACCGUGCAAAUCAAGCAUAGGCUUUGUUAUUUCACGCGCCCUCUCCAUUUGGAGUUCUUCUUCCUCACUGCAAGGGCGCCGGAGAUUUUUCGCUCUUCGUCUUCUCCGAUUCAACACCAUGGGCGCCAAUUCCAUGCUCUCCGACUCUUCUCACGAUCUCGACGACCAGAUCUCACAGCUCAUGCAGUGCAAGCCACUCUCCGAGCAACAGGUUAGAGUUUUAUGUGAGAAGGCUAGAGAAAUUUUAAUGGAUGAAAGUAACGUCCAGCCUGUUAAAAGCCCUGUGACAAUCUGUGGUGAUAUUCAUGGGCAGUUCCAUGAUCUUGCGGAAUUGUUUCGAAUUGGAGGGAAGUGUCCAGAUACAAACUACUUGUUUAUGGGUGAUUAUGUGGACAGGGGUUAUUAUUCAGUUGAAACCGUAACGCUCCUUGUGGCACUGAAAGUGCGGUAUCCUCAGCGAAUUACUAUUCUUAGAGGAAACCAUGAAAGCCGUCAGAUUACUCAAGUAUAUGGAUUUUAUGAUGAAUGUCUUAGAAAGUAUGGUAAUGCUAAUGUUUGGAAGAUCUUUACAGACCUUUUUGAUUUUUUUCCAUUGACUGCAUUGGUUGAAUCUGAAAUAUUCUGCUUGCAUGGAGGACUGUCACCUUCAAUUGAGACCCUUGAUAACAUAAGGAACUUUGAUCGUGUUCAAGAGGUUCCUCAUGAAGGGCCCAUGUGUGAUCUAUUGUGGUCUGACCCAGAUGACAGAUGUGGCUGGGGAAUUUCUCCCCGUGGUGCUGGAUAUACUUUUGGCCAGGAUAUAUCUGAACAAUUCAAUCACACUAACAGCCUCAAGUUGAUUGCCAGAGCUCAUCAACUGGUUAUGGAUGGUUUUAACUGGGCUCAUGAACAAAAGGUCGUAACCAUUUUUAGUGCACCUAACUACUGUUACCGAUGUGGGAACAUGGCUUCCAUAUUGGAGGUUGAUGAUUGCAAAGGCCACACAUUUAUCCAGUUUGAACCUGCUCCCAGGAGAGGAGAACCUGAUGUCACCCGUAGAACACCCGAUUAUUUCUUAUAAUGUAGCUGCUGUGUCAUACCAGUAUAUCGUGGUUAUCUCUACUGCACUAAUUUCAGGUAGUUGUGCAUCCUCAUCGUGAAAUUGCUGUAAGAAUUUAAAUCCAUGGAUAUAUGCUUCCCGUGCUUUUGGGGUUGUCCAAAGACUGCUUUGAUGUAUAAUAGGCAGGUAACAACAUUCCACUGAUCUGUUAAACUCGAGAACUUGCUGGACACCCUGUCUGAAGAAGUCGCCAAGAUGAUGACUGUCAGAAUACGUAUUGUUCCAGCUAAAUGUGGAUAUUUUUUGUUUGUUUUUCCUGUCUUUAUUUUUCUCUCAUGUUCAAAACCUCCCUUAAGGCUUUAGAAGCUGUGACUGGAUUUUUGUCUCGUGGAUGUUUUUGCUAUGUUCUAUCUUUUUUCAUUUAAAGUUGCAUGAUAAUAGUGAUUCAGUUUUGUUCUUACGAAUUAUGUUCUCCGACUUUAUCAUUAG